UUCACUACGUUUGAAAAAAAAAAAAAAAAAAAAGGUAUUCUUCAUAAUACGACUGUGUGUGGGUAAACAAGCCCACAAGAAUAGAAUGACUCCAGAUGAUGCAGCGAUACAGACUCGAGAAUGAUACAUAGUUUUUCACUCAGAUACAGUUUGCAUCGCAUAUUGCAGGAUAUGUCUUUUUAUGAUCCUCGCACCUGCACCCUCCGUCUCACACAGCAAUGCUUUCUCCAGAGACAAAAUGCACAUCCCGAUAUGGAGAGAAGGGUCUUCGUUACUAAAAAGCAUAGUUAACGCAAUUAUUCACACCCUGCAGCAAUUUUAGCUUGUCACAGCUGUGGUAUCUUAGCAACAACAGAGGGUAACAUCAGCAAUAACACCAUCACCCCUUCAGCACCAUUCAAACCCUUACAAACUCAACGCACAGACAUCUUUGACAGCAACUCCGGGAGGAACAGCGUAAACACGCAAAAAACUAAAUAAUUAAAUAAAUGUACAGACGAACCAAGACUUUGGGAAAUGCAAGUCUUUGAAGGAAAAUUACUACUUGUAGCGCUACUUGUUGGCUAUAGAUUGGAUACUAGUUUUGUUAUUAGCCCAAGUAAACCCUUUGUCACUGGAAUUAAAAGAGGGGCAAGCAGACCAGAGUUUUCUUUAGCUUGAGAUGCCCACGUUGGAAGAAGGAAACUUUCUUCCGAUAACCAAUAUGGAACACUGUGUUUUCUCCCAACGUUGAAUCGUCCUUGGAUGAGUAAUUAGUUUACCCUCAAACACUGAUCAUGAUAGCAACUGGAGGUCUGCUUCGAAUUUCAUCGAGACGACAAGAUUCCUUGCCAUCCAAAAGCCGAACGCAAAACAAACAACGCAAAAGGAAAGCCAAAAAGAAAAGAAAGAGUGAUGUUGUGGUUGUAAAAGGCAAACUGAAGCUGUGCUCUCUAUCUGGAUUGAUAGCUGCAUUUGGAAUAUUAGUGCUUCUUGUGGGAAUAGCCAUGGCUGUCAUGGGAUACUGGCCCGAAAACAAUCAGCUCUACCAAGAUAACUUCACAGAAUCUAAACCUUUGCCAAACAACAGAAGGAUCUAUGAUAACAAAUUGUUGUUUGCUUCGACCAAUUGGACAAGGACUAGCCAUGUUGUCUACCAAAUUGAUCUAGACUUGUCAAAAAACAAUCACAGUAAUAGCACCAAAAUGGAGACCUCAUCCUUUUCUCCCUCCCUAAGUUUCUUCUCUGAAUUUCUUGCCAGCUAUUUACAUUCAGACAAACUAAAAGUAUUCGGGCCAUUAAUAAUGGGCAUUGGGAUAUUCCUCUUUAUUUGUGCCAAUGCAGUCCUUCAUGAAAACAGAGACAAAAAGACAAAGAUUAUCAAUCUAAGAGACAUGUACUCAACAGUAAUAGAUAUUCACAGUUUAAGGUCCAAAGACCGCACACCUUUUAAUGGUUUUGUCAAUUACGUGCAGUCAAGGAGUGUGGAUAUGAAAUCCAGAGGGUCUUACAACUCUGCCAUGUUAGUCAAAAGCUCGUGGUCUUCAACUGCUGGAGGGACAGUCAAAGCACAAGGCCAGGCAGGUAAUACUGAAACAUUGAAGUGCCAAUCCUUAGCAAGACAACAGAGUCUUUCUAAAGAAAGGCAGAGUUUUACAGACACAGUCUACAGCAUUUACAGAGACCAGUCCAAGGCUCCUGAAAGGGUUCCCAUAACAAAAAAGUGGGAGACUAAAUCUAUUGUCACUUCUUCCAUCAAUGCUUUUACUCUUCCAAUAAUCAAACUAAAUAACUGUGUUCUUGACGAAAACAGUGCGAAACAAGCAGAGAGUGGUGUCAAAGAGGCCCCAGCAUCUAAAUGCAAAACAGUUCCAUGUGACUCAGAAAUGGGGAGCCCGGAUCCAAUCAACAGCGACCCCAUUGAAACAAAAGAGGAGACUUCAAAAACAGGCCUGUUCACCAGCAAAGAUGGACCACCAGUUCAUCAGACCACAAGCAGCUUGCAGGGGGCAUCGCAGUCAUCUCCACUAGGAUCACAGGUCCAGUUGCUUCCUCCAAGUCCAAGUAGGAGAGAAAUUAGUUCAAAUCUUUCCUUUGGUGCUCUCUCCACUUACUCAAACACUAUAGAUCUUGGUGACUGUCCAUCAAUAGCUGAUACAGAAGGGGAUACGAGUAGACACCCCAGCUGCCCCCUCUUGGAACGUUCAAACAGUAAGGGCUACUUAAAACUUGUAGGAGUAGAAUCCUUUGAGUCUUCUCAGGUGACGGUAACAAGAAGUGAAAACUAUCAAGAAACUUCAGUGGAGGAUAUGGAGGACUGCAUUGUCCAGGAUGCACAGGAAAGCACUGACAAAGGGAUUCAGAAGCAGUACACAAAUAGGGAAAAACUUUCCAAGUCAAAUGCAACUGUAACGACUGAAGAUGAAGAACUUGAAAGCACUGAUAUCUAAGUGUUAAAUUACUACAACAAUCCCAAGUUAUUUUUUUUUAAUGAAAUUGGCGGUUGAUUAACUAGCAGAUAAGUCAGUAUCCAAAGAAUCAAAGAAUGUUGCUUUUAUGUUUACCAUUUACUAUAAAUGACACCAAGCAAAAAAAAACAAAACAAAACAAACAAAAAAAAGCGAAUGUUGUAAUGUUUAGUUGUGAUUGUACAUUUCUUACAAAAUGACCAGUGUAUAUAACCAGAACAAUUACACAACUGUGGUUGUUCCAUGUAAUGAUUUAGUUAGUCUUUUUAAUAAUUUUUUCUUUUUAAUUGUUUUCUGCCAGAUGCAUCAUUGUUUACAUGUUGCUACCAGACUCAGCAAUAUUUAUCCGACUGCUAGCUAUAUGUUGUUUGUAUUGUCUUACUAAAAGUAUAACAAGAGUUAUUUGAUUCUUUAACUUGUAUACUUCCAUGUCCUUUUAAUUUUCAAGAGCAAGUUAUUAAUCUAUUUAUUAUUUAUGUACCUCAUACUGGUUUAUGGUGUUUGGAAUUAGUCUGUGUAGGAUUGCUGUUUUGCAUAAGAUGAAUGACUGUUACAGUAGUGGUGCACAAGACUCCAUGGCUACAAGUAAACAUGUCUAAAGUAUUGUUGGUAUUACAGUAGACUCCUGUUAAUCCGUGUUUUAAUAUUUCAUAUUUCAAUUUUUCAUAUUUCAUGUUUCAAUAAUCCGUGAGGUUUAAUGCAGUACAUUAUCAAAAUGUAUUAGUGCAGAAAUCAUGAGACACGUUUUAUUAGUGCGGAAAUCAGCGUAUCCUUGUGGAAGUGUACGGUCAUCAUUUAAUUAAAUUGAGUAGAGUCUAGUGCAAGCCAAUGGACAGUAGUGUACUGUAGUUACUGAAACCAGUGAUAAGCGAGCAGAAAGCAGAUUUAAGAUUCUCUUAGCCUGGCAGUCUGAAUAUGAAGAGCAGUUAUGACAAUUAAAGACUCUGUGACUUUUUUAAACCAGCGCUCUGCCUCUGAACAACACUGAUUAUGUACAGUAUAUAUUUUGACCGUUGUUGGGACAUUAUAUUUUAUUUGUAUUGUUGCAUUUUUUGACUUUUCAAAUAGUAGCACAGGGAUUUCCCAAACAGUAAACUAAAUUUAGGCUAAUCUGUGUUUUUACAUUAAUUUAAGCUCAAAUUGGUCCCAAUCUAUAUAAAUUAGGCCCCUGUGCAGUUAGAGACUGUGCAAAACUGCCCAGAAAACCAGAUGUCUGGUCAGCCUCUUUAUCUUAUAAAACUAGGCUGAAUCUGAAAGGGCUAGCACUUGAUCUGGAAUGGUUAAGUGGUACACAAUAUCAUGACCACAAUGGUUCAUGAAUAAAAAUAACAUACGCAGAAGUCCAGAUAAGAUGCGUACCUGCCAUUUUUACGCAUUAAAAAAUCAGAAAUACACGUAAAAUUUGUAUUUAAUCUGUAAAAAAUAUGCAUAGCAAUUUAGCUGCACAGCUUGUCUGUCUCGUCUCCAAAGCGAGUGGAAUCAAUGCUUCCACCUCUUGCGUAGGGCCAGUGUAUGUCCACUGACUGGACACCGCACACGAGUUUGCGCAGGAGUGCAUUGCAGAGGCCUUGGGAGCCAGAUCCAGUGACACUAUCCCGCAGCGAGGAUCACCUGUCGCCUUUGCCAUUAACGACGGCUCAGCUUGGGCCUGCAAAGCAGCCGGGACCCUGAGAAGAAAGGAGCUAGCUACAGCGAACCGCAGACUGGCAGUGGGGAAGAAGCUUCUGUGUUCAUAGCUGCAUGGGGAAAGGAGUGUGGGUUUGAGCUGGGGUGUGCUGCUUUCCAUUUGGGAAGAAUGUGGAGAGGGGGUGGGGUAAUGCAACAAACCAGACCAACAGAUGACAGUGCUAAGCACCCCCAGUCUAGUCAUUGGAGAAUCCAGAGAGAACACUGAUUGGUUGCAUUAGGGCUAUUAUGCAAAUGAGAAUAGAUAGGAAUGCUGGCUUUGGGAGUAUUGGGGACUCAUGGGGUGGUAAGAAGGAGAGGGGGGUAACAAGCUCUGCAGGCCUGCCAUCCGGUGUGGGGUUGGCAGCAGGGAGAGGGUGUUUGUGAUUUUUGUGUUUAGUCACCAGCAAAAAUUGGCUGGUUGUUCCGCAUGGGAGGAAUACUCCCACACAGCCUGUAUUUUAGUAAAUUCUGGGUGACUUGUUUUGAACUUAGAUAAAGA